UGCGCUAGUAUUGGUUAGUUUCCUGUUACCCAGCCCCUAGACCGUCGGAAGUCAAUUCAACAGGAGCAGUCGUCUUUUAUGAUACAGGUGUACUUUUGCGUUCUAUCGUAUGCAAAGCUAUUUCUCCCAGUAUUUCAAAGCCAACCUACCACUGCCGGAAACCACACAUUGCCAUUCCUAGCCAAAUGUCUGGGCUCUGCUAUCGGAGCCCCGCCUCCUUACUGAAAAAUACUAAUGAAGCAAGUACCAGCUAUGGGACAGUAGUCGUCAGGAGAGGACGGCGUUCAGGCGGUGUCGCAUGCACGGCCCAAUUCGCGAAGGACCCGCGCGGGUCCGGGACAGGCCCUUCAGGACCUCCAACCGGCACUUUGCCAAAUUGGAAAUCAGGGCCAUAUGAUUACCCGCCGCCACCAUCGUCGCUCCCUAGACAGCCAAGCAUGCCGCCUCCUCCGCCAAGCAAUCCGCCACCCAACAAGAACAACAGCGGAGGCGACAGCUUGUCACGUGCUUUAAUAGCGGCAGCAUUUAUAACUGGCCUGGGCAUCGGAGUUUUCUUUGACAGCAACAUGACGUUAUCGCCAAGCAACGUCGCUUCGACGGAAAUCGUUGACCGGCGCACUCCAAACUCCGAGUUGUGUAUGGCGUACGGCUACUCGGCCAUGGCGUUUGACCAGCGCCUGUUCGUGUCCUUCAACCCUUUCAACGUGUACGUGUCGCAACCGGAGGUGAAGCCCGGCUGCAUCCUGCGGAGGAGCAAUGUGGGAGUGCUUGAAAACAAGAAGCUGGUGUCGCAGCAGCAGGUGGAGAGCUGCAAACGCUCCAUGAACACCUUUGCCUUCGUGGGCGAGCUGGACUCCUCGCCGCAGGUCAGCUGCGUGUACCACUCGGAGGAGGCGGAGAACCAGUACCUGGUCAACCCCGGCAGGAAGGUCCUGGGGCCGCCGCCAGGAGGGGCUGCGGGAGCAGGGGCG